AUGUCAUUCUCAAACCCCUUGAACGUCCUACUCAUCCCACCGAUACUCUACCUGGUGUUCAGACUGAUAGUCCCCCACCCGCUCAAGCAGACUCCAGCAGCAUCAACGUAUACCGAAGAGAACUACAAUUGGUUACCUGCCAAACACCCCGAAGUGAUAUGUCAUCGAAAGUACACCGCCAAAGAGCUAUUAGAAUAUGAUGGGACAAAAUCAAGUCCGAGGAUAUUAUUGGCUAUUCUGAGAAUUGGGAGUGAUGGUAAAUGGGGUGAGAGGACAGUAUUUGACGUGACGGCCGGUAAGACCUUUUAUGGUCCAGAUGGUGUAUAUGGUAAUUUUGCUGGAAGGGAUGCAUCGAGAGGAAUGGCAAAGCAGUCUUUUGAGCUGGACAUGCUCACACCCUUCGAUCAGCCACUUGACAAACUCUCUGAUUUGACUCAAGCGGAAAUCGACAAUAUGCGAGGAUGGCACGAGCACUUUGAGAGAAAGUACAUCGUAUGUGGCGAAUUGGUAGAGGACAAUUAA